AUGAGGAUUUUCAAAAGAUUGCCUCGCUCAACUUUCUAUACUGAUCGAACAAGUUCGUUUUCUUCUUCGAAAGGUCAGGACGCCGGGUCAAAAAAGGAAGAGAAAUGUACGAGAGAUAAGCCCUCCGUGGAGCAAUCGGAGUUCAAUACUCCUACUGUUAAUGAGGACGCCAGAAUGCUAUCGCAGUGUGACUGCAGUUAUCUGGCAAUGGAAGCACGAGACCUCGUCUACAAAGCACCGGCUUUCUCCUUGAUGGAGACCAAGGAGCUCGGUCUGGACUAUCUGGUGCGGCUCAUGGACUUGCUCGAGGAAAUAAGCCUUUGCGAGAAAUGCUCGAAUGUAGAAGUCUACCGUGCCUUUCUGCAGCCACUCUGCCAUAGCAUUCUGGGAUUGUGCCGGUUAUUCUACCGGUCGUUGAGGGAAAUGUACAACGAGAUGGACAUUCAGCCUGUUUCAUUAAAAGGCAAAGAAGCGGUGGAUGACGAAAGGCCAAUGAUUUUGUGCCAAAAGGCCUAUCUCCAAAUAGAGCGACUUCACAACAGCGUGAGACGACUGGUCGAAACGCUCAAAGAUAAACCAGUGUUCGACGAGGACGCCUGGAAGCUUAUAGAUUCUGGAGCUUACCGGCUGGUAGUCUGCACAGCCUCUCUCACUGGCUUUGACUCAGACUUAUGCUAUUAG